AUGUACAGCCCGCGUUUUGAUCCAGGCAUUGUUGCAAAGGUCGAUCGCGAGGCUAUUGGGACGCGUCGAGAAAGGAUACGGGGCGGCCAGAAAUCUGUCGAAGACGAGGAUGAGGUGCUUGUUGCCUUGAGCGAGGAGCUCGGUGGCUUUAUUGAAUAUGUCGGCGGCCCGGAGUGGGGUCAUGUGCUUCUGUCGCCCCUAGAGAACCUCGCUGCGAUCGAGGAGCCCGUUGUCCGAGACAAAGCGGUUGAGUCUCUUAACAAGAUCUGCGACGAGCUGUCGCCGAAGCAGGUCGAGGAGUACUUUGUGCCCCUGACCGUGCGCCUGUCCAAGGCCGACUGGUUCACGUCGAAAGUGAGCGGCUGCGGACUAUACACAGCCCCAUACAAGAAGGUGCCGCCCGGUGUCCAGGAGCAGCUCCGCCAGCAAUUCGGACAGCUUGUCCACGAUGAUACCCCGAUGGUGCGGCGCCAGUCCGCCACGCACAUGCCCAAAUUUGUCAAGGAGAUGCCCGCCGCCAUUGUGAUUGACGAGAUGAUCCCCUUGUUUCAGCACCUCGCACAAGACGACCAAGAUAGCGUCCGUCUUCUUACCGUCGAGAUUCUCAUCGCCAUUGCCGAAGUCGUUCCCAAGGAGCAGCAGUCCAGCCAUGGCGUGCUGCUCACGGCCCUGCGCAGCCUGAUCGAGGACAAGAGCUGGCGUGUGCGGUACAUGGUUGCAGACCACUUUGAGAAGAUUGCCAAAGCCGUCGACGAGGAGGUCGUCACGAGAGACCUGGUCCCUGCCUUUGUCAAGUUGUUAAAGGACAACGAAGCCGAGGUGCGGACGGCCAUUGCCGGCCAAAUACCCGGCUUCUGUGUCCUGGUCGACCGCGACAUGCUACUUAACGAGAUCAUGCCCAGCGUCGAGGACCUUGUAUCGGACACGUCCCAGCACGUGCGCGCGGCCCUGGGCACACAGAUUUCUGGCCUGGCACCAAUUCUGGGCAAGCAAGAGACAAUCGACCACCUCCUGCCCAUGUUCCUGCAAAUGCUCAAGGACGAGUUCCCUGAAGUUCGCCUUCACAUCAUCUCCAAACUGGAGCUUGUGAACCAAGUUAUUGGCAUCGACCUUCUUUCUCAGUCUCUGUUGCCGGCUAUAGUUCAACUGGCCGAGGACAAGCAGUGGCGAGUGCGGUUGGCUAUUAUCGAGUACAUUCCGCUGCUCGCUAGCCAGCUUGGCGUCGAGUUCUUUGACGAGAAGUUGAGCAGCCUGUGCAUGAGCUGGCUGGGCGACACGGUGUUUUCGAUCCGUGAAGCGGCAACACACAACCUCAAGAAGCUCACGGAGGUCUUUGGCGUUGACUGGGCCAGCGAGGCGAUCAUUCCGAAAGUCAUGGCUAUGGGUAACCACCCCAACUACCUUUACCGGAUGACGACCUGCUUUGCUAUUACGACCCUCGCAAGUGUGGUCAGCCUGGAGGUGAUUGGCAAGCACAUUCUCCCGAUGAUGGACAAACUGGUGGUGGACGACAUUCCGAAUAUCCGCUUCAACGUCGCCAAGACGUACGGGGUUCUGAUUGAUGUGCUCAAACGGCUGCCGGACCAGGGCACACUGUACUCGCCCGAGAAUGCUGACAAGGCCGGCAGCGGCGCACCUCCCGCGCCGUCCGCCAAGGGCGCCGAGCUGAUCCAGAGCCGCGUGCUGCCGAGCCUCGAGAAGCUGCAAAAAGACGAAGACGUCGACGUGCGGUACUUUGCGACGACAGCAGCAGCCAUCGCGACCGGCGCGUCGCCGACCGGGGACCCGAUGAAUACCUCUCCAUAG